AUGCCAAAUUCAUUACAGCUCGAUAACAUUACAAGUGCUGUAUCAACCACUGUAUCAGCUACUGCCUCAAUGCUUUUUUCUCCACUAGCAACUCGUGCUGUAAAAGGGGAUACUGCUUCUAUUUUGUCAGAAUUAGCACCCCAACUAAUGGAUCAACGACGCAUUUUACAAUAUGCCAAUGGAAGUGCACGCCAAACAGGCGAAAGCACAAAUAGUCGAUUCAUUACAUUGGAUGAGAUUUCUUUAAAAAGCAAAUUUGGUUUAAAUUCAACUUCAUCGGAAGUUUCAUUAGAUGUUGAAAUACCAGAAUCUAAAGCUCCAUUAUCUUUAUUUCAAGGCUAUAAGAUGACUUGUUCAGAACUUGAGAUAAGUGUAAGAAAAAAAGGAAAAUUAUCCAAGAAAAGGGCUAAAGGUUAUUUAACUGAUGGAUUUGCGUCUCCUGAUGUUCUAUCUGAUAAUGAUUAUGAUUAUAAGCCAUUGAACAAGCUCAUUGCAGAUCGUGAUAGAGUAGUCAAAGAAACCGAUCAGUUAGCAAUACAAGGGUCAAGAGCUAUAGCAGAAAUUAAAAAAAUAGAAGAACAAAUAAUUGAAUUGUCAUUGAAAAAACAAAAUUUAGGGAAUGAUUUAAUCAAGUACAAUGAAAGACAAAUCGAAUUAUCUGAUCAACUGGAGGAAUUAAAUGAAAGCAUUAAAAGCAUUUCAAAUUAUAAUCAUAUUGAAAAAGGGUCAUACAAAAUUAAAGGAAAGAAUGCAUCGAAACAUAAAUAUGAACCAGGAACAUGUAUAAAGACCUUAGAAGGUCACGAUGAUAUGAUUAUUUGUCUUGAUUUUGACAAAUAUGACGGAUUACUGGUUACAUCUUCGUUGGAUAAUACAUUGCGAAUAUGGGAUUUGUCUAGUAAAACUUGUUUAGGUUUAUUGAAUAAUCAUCAUGAUAUUGUUACUUGUUUACAAAUAAAUGAUAAUUAUCUCAUUACAGGAUCAAGAGAUAAAACGAUAUGUUAUUGGGAUAUAUCUAAAGCAAAACUAAAUACCAAUUCAUCAGAUAACAUAAAUGUUAAUUCUGUCUCAUCGAUAACAUCACCAUUAACAUCAUCCACUAACAUCACCACUAAUGCAAUAAACCAGUUUAGCGAAUUAUCAAAUAUAGGUGGAGAUUGUUUUAUUGAAAGAUUAGAAGGACACCAUGAUAAAAUUACAUGUCUUUAUUCUGAAGGAAAUUGUUUGGUAACAGGUUCUUCUGAUAAAACUAUGAAACAAUGGGACUUGGAAACAGGAAAAUGUAUUUUAACAAUGGAUGUUUUAUGGGCAAUGUCUAAUUUUAAUGUUGAGCGCAGAAAUUACGAAUUCUUUUUGGAUGAUUAUAGCUUUGGAUCUGGCGAGUUUGUUGGCGCUUUACAGUUUAAAGACACAUGGGAUUUACGCACGGGAUCUAUAAUUGAAUCAUACUCAUAUGAACAUAGUGUUACAAGUUUAAAAUUUGAUUCUCAAAGAAUUUUUAAUGCUGCUGGAAGCAAUGAUAUUAAGAUUUAUAACCGUAAAUCGUUUCAACACUCAAGUUUUGAUGGUCAUUCUUCACCAGUACACUGUUUAAAAUUUAAAGAUACAAUACUAUUAUCAGGAGGAAAAGAUAAUCUCGUAAAAAUAUGGGCUUUGUAA